UAAAUUUAAGUCCCUAUAAAACCAUUAAAUUAUCGUCCUUUAUUAUGUUUACUUUUUGGUCACUCGUAAUAACACACAAAUACAAAUACAAAUACAAAUACAAAUACAAUACAAUUGCGUCGUCUUCCUCAAAUCCCACCUACCUACCCAAUUCUAUUUUGCCACUCCUGCAGAUUCAGAGGCGCUCGAAAAUUGUACAUAUGGAUUACGGGAUUGACGAAUCAACAGACGCCUCUCAUGCACCCGACGCAGCAAAUUUCGAAUGCAACAUAUGUUUCGAUUUGGCACAAGAACCAAUCGUAACUCUCUGCGGGCAUCUCUACUGUUGGCCCUGCCUUUACCAAUGGCUCCAACUCCACUCCAACUCACACGAAUGCCCCGUUUGUAAAGCAAUCGUACACGAGGAGAAACUGAUUCCCAUUUACGGCAGAGGCAAAUCGAAUUCCGACCCAAGAUCUCGAUUGUUUCCGGAAGUUUCUGUUCCGAAUCGACCAAUGGGGCAGCGGCCACCAACUGCCCCACGCGUGGAUAUGAAUUACGCCCGACAAAAUGAGGGUUUUGGUCAUCAAACACUCUCGACCUUCUUUGCUGCUUUACCGACGAUUUUUAACCUCCAUGUGCACGGAUUUCACGAUGGUACUUUGUACGGGGCAACUUCAGGGGUACCGUAUUUGUUCUCGAGUUCCUUUCACGGUGGAUACGUUCAUGGCUUUCAUAACUAUCAGUCGGCUCCUAUAGAGUGGAAGCCGCUUGCUUGGAAGAUUGCGUUUCUUCUUCUCGGUGUUUCGAUAAUCUUGCAUCUGAUUCUUGCAUAAAAGUAAGCUGGUUCUUGAUUGGGGGUAUGCAUGCAAAUUGUAUAUUUGUUUUUAGUUGAAUAGAUUUUGUUUUUUAAUUGGUGUCUUAAGUUAUAGCUUGAGUUUUGUUUUCUCAUUUGCCUGAAUAAAUUGGGAAGUGGAAAUUUGUUUGUCUGUAGGUUGAUUUGUAAUUAUCUGUGCUAUGUAAUAACUUAAUAUGUAUUUGAACUAUUAAUUAAUUUCCACUGUGUAUUA